AUGUCUGGUAAUAAUAAUGAAUUCUAUAGGCCGCCUUAUUCAUCGGAUUCUACAAUAAUACCAACAACUCGUACUCCUCCUCCACCAGAAGAUGCUCCUCCAAAUCCUGUAGCCGUUAUAUUUAAUGCUAUCCUACAAAAUAAUUUACGUCUUAUUCGGUCUAUAUUGAAUCAAACCAAUUACGAUCUCAAUAAUUUGAGAAAUAAAGAUGGUAAAACUCCAUUAAUGGCAGCAUCGAGUCAUAAUUGUCCAGAUGUUGUUAGUUAUUUAUGCAGCAUUGGUACAAUGAAUGUCGAUUUACAAGAUAUUGAGGGAGAGACUGCACUUUAUCAAGCAGCCGCAGCAGGAAAUGCUGAAAUCGUUGAAAUAUUGAUUAAAUCGCAUGCUUAUGUUGAGAUUGGGAACAAGGAAAACAUUACACCACUUAUAAUCGCUGCUUAUAAUGGUCAUGCUGAUGUGUGUCGUGUACUUAUCGAUAUUGGUUACGCGAAUGUGGAUUUUCAAGAUAAUUCAAAUAAAUCAGCUUUGGCUCUAGCUGCUUACGAAGGACACCAUAAAACUGCAGAAGUUUUGUUAGCCCGAGGUGCAAAUGUCAACAUUAAAGAUGGAUUUGGUUGGACACCUUUAAUGCUUGCUGCAUUCGCAGGUCGAGGAGAAGUUUGUCGAUUAUUAUUAAUACAUAACGCCGAUAAAAAUACAAUGACUAAUAAUGGAAAAACUGCUAUUAUUCUUGCUAGGGAAGGUGGUUAUCUUGCUAUUGCAAAUUCAAUUGAAAAUUUUGUACCAGGUGUCCCUCCUUCUCGUGUUCCCCCUUUUCCUCGAAUUCUUCCAACUCGAACUCCCACAUUGCAAACAACUAACAAUAAUCCACCACCACAAAUGAAUACACCUUCACGAAUGAACAUACUUCCACAAAUGAAUACACCUCCACGAACAAAUUUAAAUAAUUAUCAAGCUUAUAACCGCAUUGGUUUUGAAAUUCCUGUUUUAAAUUCUGAGGAUCCUAAUGCAGCACCUAGGGGAUUUAUGAUGCCUCUUGAUCAUUCGGCAUCACCAAAAAGAAGAACAAUUCAACCUAAAAAUGCUGAACGACGUAGAUCUCAAUAUUUAAGUUUGAGCGGUGAAGCAUUGAGCAAUGCACCAAAUCGUUUAAUCACUGCACCUCACGUUAAGCAUGAUAUGGCACCAAGAAAGGAACGAACUCCAUGGGUUAUCUUUUCUUUAAUAGUCACAGCAUGUUUCUUUAAUCCUUGUUUAUCGUUUUUUGGGAAAAUGAAUGAUGCUAGUGUUAGACAAGCAUGGCGUGAAAAAGUAGCUUUAUGUUUUAUCAUAUUGUGUAUUUCAGGUUUCAUGGGAUUCAUAACUUUCGGUUUCUCAACCUUUGCUUGCGUAAAAAUAAAUCCUUUAUAUCCAGAAGAGAUUCCUGUAUUAUAUGGUCCUCAAGUACCUGGUAUAAAAGCACAUAUUAUCCGUGGAAAACUUUAUAAUACAGGCGUUUAUUUUUCAAGUGGCGGUCAUCGACCUAUAGCUCCACUUAAUGAUUCAGAUUUGGAUCCUAUUAUUACACCAUUAUUUGGUAGAGAUAUUUCUGGUUUCUUUCCUCCAGAUAAUAGAGUUUCAGGAUGUGGAAUGACUCCAAAAGAUAAUGGAACAAUUUGCGCUCAAGGACUUACUGAUAAAAAAUUUCACUGUCACACUUCACUUGCCUCACUUAAAGCUUUACAAUCUCUUGAUAUGAAUUUGUUUGUCUUUUACACAUGGAAUAAUGUUACCAAUGGUCAACGUAAAAUGUUUGUAUAUAAUUCAAAUGUAUAUGAUAUAACAGAUUACCUUGAAUUACCUGCUAGUGAUCAGUGGCUUGGAGAUGCAAAAGUUACCGCUUGGCUUACCAGUCUUGUUGGUAAAGAUUCUACGAAGGAUAUCGUACAUGAUAAAAGAUCAAAAGAGAUUGCAAAAUGUUUCAAUUAUUUUUUGGUUGGACAAAUUGAUGGUACAACUAUUGGAUGUUUUUCUACUAAUUCAGUUCUUAUUAUAAUGAUAGUUGUAUUUACUGCAAUUACACUCAUCAAGUUUGUUUCAGCUAUAGUCUUUGAUUGGUUUUUAUCAUGGCAACUAGGUAAAAUUUCAAGUAAACCAAAAAAAGAUGAUCUCACUUCACAUAUUAUAUUAUUGGUUACAUGUUAUUCCGAAGGUGAACAUUCAAUUCGUACCACACUUGAUUCAUUAGCUGGAACAAAUUAUUCUGAUAAACAUAAAUUAUUAUUUGUAAUUUCUGAUGGAGAUAUCACUGGUUCGGAGAAUGAUAGAUCUACUCCACAAAUAUGUGAAGAUUUAAUGGAACCUUUUAAUCCUAAUGAACCUAAACCAGUACCUAAAUCUUAUUUUGCAAUUGGUGAUGGAUUGAAACAACAUAAUAUGGCAAAAGUUGUAAUAGGUUAUUAUAAUGUCUCUAAUCAUCGAGUUCCAAUGGUUUUUAUUAAUAAAGUUGGUACACCAAAAGAAAGAAAAGGUUCCAAAGCUGGUAAUCGUGGAAAACGAGAUUCUCAACUUAUAUUGAUGAAAUGGCUUAGUCACAUUUGUUUCAAUGAUCGGAUGAGUCCUUUAGAAUUUGAAUUAUUUGAAAAAGUUCGUAAAUUAACGGGUAUUACCCCUGAUAAAUAUGAAAUGGUUUUAAUGGUGGAUGCAGAUACACUUGUUAAACCUGAUAGCGUUGGUCGGAUGGUAGCUGCUAUGGAACGUGAUCCUAAAGUUAUGGGACUUUGUGGUGAAACAAAGAUAGCAAAUAAAACUGCUAAUUGGAUAACAAUGAUUCAAGUUUUUGAAUACUAUAUAUCACAUCAUCUUGGAAAAUCAUUUGAAUCAAUCUUUGGAGGUGUAACUUGUUUGCCAGGUUGUUUUUGUAUGUAUCGUAUCAAAGCACCUAAAUAUACUGGAUAUUCAGUACCAAUUCUUGUCAAUCCAGAUAUUGUUGAGAUGUACUCUUCGAAUAGUGUGGAAACUUUACAUCAAAAAAAUCUUUUACUUCUUGGAGAGGAUCGUUAUCUCACCACAUUAAUGUUAAGAACAUUUACAAAACGUAAAAUGAUUUAUGUUCCUAAAGCUAUUUGUAAGACUGUAGUACCUGAUGAAUUUCAAGUUUUGUUAUCUCAACGUCGUCGAUGGAUUAAUUCGACUAUACAUAAUUUGAUGGAACUUAUUUUAGUUCCUCAACUUUGUGGUAUAUUUUGUUGUUCUAUGCAAUUUGUGAUUUUCCUUGAAUUGGUAGGAACAGUGGUAUUACCUUCAUCACUUGUGUUUAUAAUAUAUUUGAUAUAUUCCGGCAUACAAGGAGCUUCAGUAAUUUUGCCAUUAAUAUUUAUUACUGCAACAUAUUUCUUGCAAGCAUUUUUAGUUAUCUUUACUUCACAUAAACUGAUUUAUGUGGUAUGGAUGUUAAUUUUUAUAAUUGCUACACCAAUAUGGAAUUUCAUAUUACCUAUAUAUGCAUUUUGGCAUUUUGAUGAUUUUUCAUGGGGUGCUACACGUAAAAUUGCUGGAGAAGAUAAUGGUCAUGGAGGAGGAAAUAAAGAUAAAUUUAAUCGUGGUGACAUACCAAUGAAACGUUGGGAUGAAUGGAAAUCGGAUACAUUAAAAACGGGAAAUUUCAAUCAAAAUUCUACGAUAAAUCAUCAACAAAUUCCAUCAUCUGAUGAAUCUACAUUAAGAACUGGACCUUCACCACCUCCUAAGACAAUGUCACCAGGUCAAAACUUACCACCUCAAAGAGUAAUGACACCAGGAAAUGGUGGAAGACCAUUAGGUCCUAGAACACCUGGAUCAUUAUUAAAAUGA